AUGUUCAGGCGGCUUUCAAACGUCUUUGGUGCGGACUCCAAGUCCGUCAAGACAUCAUCCCAGGAGAUACAACAGUCGGCUAGUCAAGCCUCACAAUGGGUUGUGCAAGAUCGGUCCAUCGAUGAAGCUCGUCCACUGAGAGUAGUCGUCAUUGGCGCUGGUAUCUCUGGAAUUCUUGCAUGCAUUCGAUUCGCUCAAAGGAUCCCGAACAUCGACCUCUGCAUAUAUGAGAAAAAUGCAGAUAUUGGUGGCACAUGGUUCGAGAACCGAUAUCCGGGGUGCGCCUGUGAUAUCCCAGCACAUACAUAUCAAGCCACCUUCGAGCCGAAUAAGGAAUGGUCUACCUUUUAUGCCAGAGCCCUCGAGAUCCACCAGUACUGGAAGCGCGUUGCCGAGAAGUAUGGAUGCAUGAAAUAUAUCAAGUUAAAACAGCAAAUCUCCGAAGCUGUUUGGGAUGAAGAACAUUCAAAGUGGAAUUUGCAGAUCCAAGAUGUCGAUAGCUCGGCCACAUAUACAGAUCGGUGUGAUAUUUUGAUCCAGGCAACGGGUGCAUUGAAUGCCUGGAAGUGGCCCAGUAUUCCCGGUCUUCAUGACUUCAAGGGCAAGCUGAUGCACAGUGCCACUUGGGAUGAGAGCUAUGAUUACAAGGGUCAACGCGUCGCAGUUGUCGGUAAUGGGUCCAGUGGUAUCCAAAUUGUUCCUGCACUAUUGCCUGAUGUGCCUCACAUUGACCAUUACGUGCGGAGUCGAACAUGGCUCUCGCCAACGUUUGCACGAGAGGAAAUCGACAAGCGGGGAACGGGCCUGGAGAACUUUUCCUUUACCCCCGAGGAGAUUGCAACGUUCAAGAAGGAUCAUCAGGCGUAUCAGAAAUUCCGCAAAGCCGUCGAACUCGAACUGCAGUCUAUUCAUGGAGCCACUCUUAAUGGAAAUCCGAUGCAGAUCGGCGCGCAAGAGACGUUCGUGCAGAAUAUGAAGCGGCGUCUGGCCAAUAAGCCUGAGCUAGCAGACGAGCUCAUCCCUGCUUUCCCGCCGGCGUGCCGUCGUCUUACCCCUGGGCCAGGGUAUCUAGAAGCCUUGACAGAUGAUAAGGUUGACAUUGUCACAUCAAAUAUUAUCAAGGUAGACGAAACCGGGAUAGUGACUGCGGAUGGACAACAUCGACCAGUUGAUAUGCUCGUCUGUGCGACAGGAUUUGAUACCUCCUGUACUCCCCGGUUCACAAUCAAAGGCCGGGGAGGUAUUACUCUGUCGGAACGGUGGAAGGAAACACCCGAGAACUAUCUAUCAGUCGCGACCGAUGGAUUCCCAAAUUAUUUCAUUUCUCUCGGCCCUAAUGCGGGCUUAGGCGAGGGAAACCUUCUAGUCGUGAUCGAGAAGUCAGUGGAUUACUUCACCGAAUGCGUGCUCAAGAUGCAGAGGGACAAUAUUCGGGCCAUGAGUGUCCGCCGAGAGGCAGUCCGGCGUUUUACCAAGUACUGCGAUCAGUAUUUUUCGGGCACGGUAUUCAGCGGCAAGUGUCGCAGCUGGUAUAAAGGAGGUACUGAUGAUGGUCGGGUGACUGCUCUCUGGCCAGGUUCAUCACUGCACUCGAUCAAGGCGUUUGCUAAUCCCCGAUGGGAGGACUUUGAAUAUGAGUAUGUCGAUGACAAUGCCUCCGGUUGGCUUGGAGAUGGCUGGACUGAGAACGAGAAGAACAAUGUGAUCAAUGUAGAUUACCUGGACGAUGAGCAGAUCGACUUUCCUCUUCCAGCCGUGGUCCACUCAUAG